AUGCAGAAUGUGGCUGCAUCAUCCUCAAAUCCCGUCGACACAGCUUUCGGCUCGAGUAUAGUCAAAGAGCGUAACGGUCAGCACAAGGCAGCCCUUACACCCACCGGCAAAUACUCCUCUUUUAUCAAGCCGGCCACUCCAGGAGCUUUCAAGCAGUCCGCCGAUCCCAAAAGCUCAAAGUUUCAUCCGCAAUCAGAUCCAUUCAGGUCACAAGGAACUCACAAACAGUAUGUCAAUGGCUGGCCCGCUUGGGCUGCCAAUGCCCCACCCAAAGGUCGAGCUUCUCCGCAGAUGACAGAAGGGGAGGGUGAAGUGUUCGAUCUCAACUCUGCCAAGAUCACGGCAGAUGACUAUGUACGUGUGGAAGGAGAGGCGGAUGCUCAUAUGCGUGAACUGUUAUCUUCCGCCGUAGGAGCUGGUGAGGGCGAUGUGGGCGACGACGCAGUCAAAGAGGGAGAAGACAUAAUAGAUGGAUUUGCUCAAAACGUGAGGCUCAUGCCACACCAGGUUAGAGGCGUACGAUGGAUGCGAGGGAGAGAAACAGGUACAAAGACGGGAGGCAUCCUUGCAGAUGACAUGGGUCUCGGAAAGACAGUGCAGACCUUGGCGAGGAUCGUUGAAGGAAGGCACACUCCGAUUGAGAAGAAGACGUGGAAAGCAGGAACCCUGAUUAUCGCGCCUUUGGCCGUCAAUGAGCAAUGGGCCGCCGAAAUCCGGACCAAAACAUCCCCUGGACUCCUCAAGGUCCGCAUUCACCAUGGCCCUUCUCGAGCAAAAACCGGCAAGAUUCUGGAAUCUUUUGAUGUUGUCAUCACCACUUUUCAGACUCUAGCCGCGGAGCAUGGAAACUUCCUGAGAACAUCCCAGCCCUCAGUAGUCGACUCGGAUUCGGACUCUGAUAGAUCCAUCGGACCAGGACGAAGAACUGCGAAGAAAAGCUCGAAGAAAUCAGCCACAAGUCCAUUGUUCGAAACAAAGUGGUUGAGGGUUAACAAUGUUCAAGAGCUAUACUCCCUGUUCAAAUUUCUUCGCGCUAAACCUCUCGAUGACUGGGACACUUUCAAGCGGAUCGUCGCACUUGUUAAAGACGGAAGGACGAAAGUGGCCAUGAAGAAACUGCACGUUGUACUGAAAGCCGUGAUGCUGCGUCGAGCCAAAGAUGCCACCAUUGAUGGCAAACCCAUUCUCAAUUUGCCAGGACGAACAGUCGAGGUCGUCGCUUGCCCUUUUGAUAGCGAAGAACGCGCUUUUUACGAGGCCUUGGAGAAGCAAACAGCUCUGUCGUUCAACAAGUUCCUUCGGAGCGGCACGGUAAUGGCUAACUUCACCUCUGUUUUGACCAUGUUAUUACGUCUGCGGCAAGCAUGUAAUCAUCCUGCACUAGUCACCAAAUCCCUAUCGGUCGAUGUGGAUGCAUUGAAAGACUCGGACUCCCCGCCCAAUUCUCAAAAGCCUGUGCAAGUUGUAAAAGAUGAAGCGGAUGAAUUGGCCGAUUUACUGGGAGGAGUAAGUGUGGCUUCCGGAAAGACCUGCGCAGUGUGUUUCGUCAAACUACCAAAUAAAGACAUGACCCACUGUGAAGAAUGCAACGAGAUUGCUCGCAAAUCUCGUGCGCAAUCGGCAGAAAUAGACGAUGGUCUCCCUCCUUCGAGUGCCAAGAUACGUAUGAUGCUAAAGCUCCUACGGCAGGUCGAGGCGCGUGGUGAGGGAAAAGAGAAGACUAUCGUGUUCUCGCAGUUCACCAGCUUCUUCGAUCUAGCCGAGCCUUUCCUCAAGGACGCGGGGAUAAAUUAUGUGCGAUACGACGGAUCUAUGAGGGAUGACAAGCGACAAGCAUCGUUGGAGACUAUACGGAGCUCCAGUACGGUCAGAGUGAUCUUGAUCUCUUUCAAAGCGGGUAGCACAGGUCUGAACUUGACAUGCUGCAACAAUGUUCUGUUGAUGGACCUGUGGUGGAACCCAGCUCUCGAGGAUCAAGCGUUCGAUAGAGCGCACAGACUUGGUCAGACCAAAGAUGUCAAUAUAUACAAACUCACCAUCGAGGAGACGGUGGAGAAACGUAUACUUGAGUUGCAGGACAGCAAGAGGGAAUUGGCCAAGGCUGCGUUGUCGGGAGAGGGAGCCAAGAAUCUCAAAUUGACCCUAAACGACCUAAUGAAACUUUUCAAGAGGGACACUCCUGCUAACGAUGACUCGAAUGAUUCGGACAAUUCAGAGUCGGAUUGAGAGAUAUCACAGACUUCUGUGCAUCACUUGCAUUGUCA